AUGAUCUCCUCCUACACCUCUCGCUUCUUCUCCGCGAAGACUACGACCACCAGCACCUCCUCGUAUCAGAUAUCGCCACCGCCAUCGUCGUUGGUCCACCACUGUUUCCAUCAGAUCUCUUCCUCUUCCUCUCUUCCGACGAGAUCUACUACCAUCGUCUUAACUGCUAGCUAUUAUAGACCGUUCCACCACAAUUUUCCAUCAUAUCUCUUCCCCUUUCUCUCCUCUGGCGAGUUCUUACGUUGUCGUCUCCUUCGUCAACAGUCGUUUUCUGAUAAUGUUCUUGUUUUAACUAUCAGCAAUCACACCGGAGUGCAAAUCAUAACCGAGUAUGCGAUACUUUUCUGUUAA